AUGGUGGGUGGGGACCCUAUGCAGGCCACGCUGAGGAGGAUGAGCAGCGGCGUCGAGCUCCAGCCCAUGCAGUCCAGCGCGUUUGUCAGGCCCUACUCCAUCAUGUACCAACUGGACGGCCGGAAACGGCGCUGGGACGCGGUGGAGUCCCACCCCUCCGUCGCCUGUGUGCUGCUCCACAAGGGUCUGGACUCGCUCAUCAUGGUCCGCCAGUUCAGACCUGCCGUGUAUGCUGCUGCCAUGCGGGCGGCGGAGGCAGCAGGGGAGCCCACGCCCCCAAUGUCCGUGGGGUUCACCUACGAGCUCUGCGCCGGCAUUGUCGACAAGCGCGGCCUACCCCUGACCAAGAUCAUGCAGGAGGAGAUCAACGAGGAGUGCGGCUUCCACGUCGAGGAGGCUGACCUGGAGAAGAUCACCAGCGUCAUCACGGCCCUCGGCAUCAGCGGCCCCCGCAUGACGCUCUUCCUGGCGGAGGUGGAUGACAGCCAGGCUCUGCCCACACGGGGCGGGCUCGGGUUGGCGGGCGAGGCCAUCGAGGUGCUGGCCCUCCCCCUUGCCAGUAUUCCCGCGUUCCUGGCUGACGAGGGCCUGGCAAAGAGCGCCAGCGUCAUGUUUGCAGUCAUGUGGCUGCAGCAGCGCCUGGCGGCGCGCCAGGCGCGGCGAGUGGGGCAGCCCGCGCGCGCUGAUGCGGAUGUCGGGCGGGAUCAGGCUGCGCAGGCCACGGGAUGA